AUGAAAUCUGCAUUGGUGAAGUCCCACCGGUUGCGACACUUUAGACCAGACGGCUUCUAUCUUCCUCGCAGAGCGAUUCCCACCUCAACACUUCAAAGUUCUUCGCGAGAUAAGAAAACUCUCUUAGGUGCUAUGAAACACCUAAUGGGGCAUCAUCUAAGGUACCCCACCUGGCGUUUGAAGCUUUCCGGCGCUAAUAUGUUUGCAGUGUGCGCGGAAUAUCCAGACGUUAAUGAAUUUAUUGAAAAUCUGAACUUGCCAGACACUUUCCAGACUUGGUUUUCGCUUACAACACUUCAUAUUUGGAUGUGUCUAAUCCGCCUUCGCAGAGAAGGACAAGAGGGUCAAAUUCUGAAAAAACCGUUCAUUCAGUUCAUCUGGACUGACUUAAAAAACAGAAUGCGUCCUUUCGGCAUACUUCGCAAUCAACACGACCAUAUCGAAGUAUUUAAUAUGCAGUUUUUUGGUUCCGUUUUUGCUUAUGAUGAGGCAUUUUUAAUGCACUUAGACACAGCACUGGCAGCUGCUGUCUGGCGCAAUUUAUUCUUUGCCUCGCCCCAUACAUCGGCCCAAGAUCUUGACUCUGUCGUUCACUACAUUCGCAAACAGCUUUCACACCUAGACGCUUUGUCAAGUGAUCAGAUUGUUGGAAAGGGCAUGCCAACAUUCUUGAGACUAUUCGAGGAUAAAUUGGACCUUGAAUACGCCAACAGACGCUUGAAUUAUUGCCUUACUUGGCCGGAAUGGGACAAGUGA